AUGGCCUCGACGACAGGAAUACCGGAGCGCCGUUCCGAGGCUGCAGCAGACGAUGAUGGGAGAGGAGAGUCACAACCUCUCCUUGGUGAACCUGGCGACGUCAUGCAGAGGCCUGGCGAGUCGAUAUUUCAUAAUCUGAUUAGUGGAACCGCCUGGCUCGCCCAAGCAGGAGCCCUCCUCCUCCUCCUCCUAAUCUGGUCCGCCGUCCUGGCCAACCCCCCCUUCAUCCCCCUCUUCUCCCCCCACCCCCUCCUCCAAUCCCUCGGCCUCCUCCUCGCCAUCGAAGCCGUCCUCAUCCUCCAGCCCACCUUCUCCGCCCCAGCCAAACAGACCGGCGCCCGCAUCCACGCCAUCCUCAACGGCCUCACCUUCGCCACCCUCGUCGCCGGCAUCGCCAUCAUCGAGGCCAACAAGAUCCGCCAGGGGCCCGACAGCCAUUUCCACAGUGUCCACGGCUACCUGGGCGUGGCCUCGGGUGUCGUGCUGGCCCUGCAGUCUCUGGUCGGGCUGGUCAUGUGGGCUGUUCCCAGUCUCCUGGGCGGCCGCGAGAGGGCCGGCAAGGUGUGGAAGUAUCACCGGCUGAGCGGGUACUUAUUCUUGUUGCUGCUCCUGGCUACGGUGCUGAGUGCCGUGUAUACGGAUUUUAAUGUCAAUGUGCUUGGCGUGAGGCUUUGGACUGUCAUUAUCGGCGUGGUCUUGGUUGUGGUUGGCGUGUAUCCUCGGCUGCACCUGCGGAAGCUUGGGCUGAAUGUUGGCCGGCAGAGAGAAGAGUGA